AUGGAGGAGACAGGGCGAACGGGCUCCACGAUUAAGAAAUGGGUGUCACGAUCGGCGCAGGGCCUGUUCCUGACGGUGGUGCUUCUUCAGAACUCCUUGGCAAUGCCAGCAGCCCUAGACGAGAAAUCCCCCAUCAUUGAACCGAGCGGCGGAAGAGAGGAUGAAGCAAUAGCAGCAACGGCAAUGACAACAUCAGGGCGAGGUUUGCCUCGCCGACUUCGACGCGAAGGGCACCCAUCUUCGCGAGGAAGCCACCAACUUCACCAGCAGCAGUUGCGGGCUGAGCAGAAGCGUAUUGCGCCAAUACCGUCACGGAACCAGCAGGGGUCGGGACAACAGCACCGAAAACUGGAAGGAACAACAGAAGAGGAUCCAGACGUCUCCUUUGCAACAGAUAUCCUAGAAGAUGAGAACAGUUCCGCGCCACAGGUCUACCACGCUCCCGCCGACGGUUCGUGUCCGGUUGCCGCCCAUUACCCCAACUCUGCGGUACUGAGCGAUGACGGAAAUUACGCCGCCGAGCCGCCGACUGUGAUUGUCGGGGCUUUUUCCGUGUGGUCUAGGCUGCAGCAGGCCCUAGAUGAAUCGUCGCGACUGCGAUGCCCGAGCCCGCCGUGCUGUCUUGGGGUCCACACGCACACGUAUCGGGAGGGUGACCUCGGAGAGGAGAUGUCGCACGUCCAGGGAGCCGUGGUGGUCCGCAGGCCCGAUCUGGCGCAGGCCCCCGGAUCGGUGGCGCCUGCCCAGGACGUGGACUUCGUCAAGACGCUCCAGUCCUACUUCCCCAUCUCGCAAAGCUCGCUGCUUAGGCGAAUAGUCGAGGCCGACGGCUUCAACUUGACAUCCACGACCCAGCACGUGGAGCCGGCGUUCGCCGAGCUACUUGUCGCCACUGAUUUCUUUGGUGCCGUACGCGAGGGCAACCCUGCCGCCGCAGAGUUAUUGACGCCAUACUGUUCAGGAGAGGACCCAAGGCAAGACAUCAGCGAUUGCGUGAGGAUCCCUACGUUGGUCAGCAUGGCAGACGUGUACAUUAGCUGCAAAGGGGCCGUAUGGAACGAGAAUGAUUUUAUUCUGCCGGUUAACUGCGAUAUUCCAAGACGCCACGAGGCCGAUGAUGCUCGAGAACAAGCCAGAGAGGGCUUGCAGGCCGAGGACGAAAGCUACGAAAAGGUGUUCGUGAUGACCCAAGAGUGGAACCCGAACUACUACCACUUUACGGUGGAACAUCUGCCGCGGAUCACUUUAAUGUUGGAUGUCCUUCUCGAAAACCCAGACAUCAUGAUCGCAAUGCAUUACUCCCAGCACGACAAACUCCAUCAGGGAGGCUUUUCCAAUGAGAUUGAAACUCAUAUGGAAAUGUUUGAGAUUCUGGGAAUCAGCAGAGACCGCGUCGUCUUAGCCAUGAAACAGAUGCACGCAGAACUAGCGAUUGUGCCGACUAGUACUAUUUGCGGCGACCCGGAUGCUCACAUGGUCAACAUGCUCAGGAACAGAUUCCUUCAGAGUCUUUUCCCGACCACGAACGGCGUUCCUCCUGCGCAAGCCCGCCCGGUGAUUGUGCUCGUUGUGCGCACCACAUUGCGGGGCCUAAAGAACAACGACGAGGUGAAAGAGGCCCUGGAGAUCAACUUUCCGAGCUUCGACGUGGUGGAGUUCUUCGGCACCGAUCCCGUCCAAGACCAGCUCCUGACCUUCGCAAACGCGUCCAUGGUCAUAGCUCCCCACGGGGCCGGGCUUGCUAACAUUAUCGUCGCGCCCCUGCACACCCCGGUGCUGGAAAUCGCCCCGUUAUCGUGCCCAUCCUGCUUCUUGAGACUCGCCUUGAAGCUUCACCACAUCUACGCUAGACAUCCCGGGGGCGAAUGGUCACAAGAAUGCCAUACAUGGUACGAGCCGGACAUCGAUGAAAUAAUCGACCUCGUAAGGGAUCUCCUUGAGGCGAAACGCCAGGCAGACGAUGCCCUGGAACUCCCUGAAGCAACAGACUUGCAUCAAGAACAGCCGUAAUUUCUACGGCCCACCACG